AUGGCAAUAUAAAUAGUGGGGAGUAGAAUCACAAAAUGCAUUCUGCUAUUCAGCUCGUUCGCGGGAUCGACAAUGACGAUGUCUCAGGAGGCCGACAUUGAGCAACCUCAUGAGGCACUGCCUGAAAAGAUGAAGCAGCAAGAAAAUGGCAAGGUGAAAAAGGAAAAGAAAGAGAAACUGCUGGUCUUGUUAGAUGUCCCACCGUCAACGCCAUGGAGAGAGCUCACAGGGAAACAGAAAGUGGAGAAGGUUUUUUGGAUUGUGGCUAAAACUGUUGCACUCCUUACACUUCUAUAUCUCUUCAUCUGCUCCCUUGAUUUGUUGUCAUCCUCUCUUAUGCUGCUCGGCGGGCAGUCAACAGGUGACAUUUUUGACAAUGAUAUUGUAAAGAACCCGAUAGUUGGACUGAUGAUGGGAAUUCUCGCUACUGUGUUGGUGCAGAGCUCGUCCACCUCGACGUCAAUUGUCGUCAGCAUGGUCGCCGCAGGAAUGUUUGAUGUGAAGACCGCAAUUCCCAUCAUUAUGGGGGCCAAUGUCGGUACUUCUGUCACUAACACAUUGGUCGCCGUGACUAGAAUCAACAACAGAGCAGAGUUCGGCCUUGCGUUCGCCGGUGCCACCGUGCACGAUAUGUUCAACUGGCUGACAGUGAUCGUGCUCCUAAUCAUAGAAGUAUCAACGGGAUACCUAUACUACUUGACGACUGCACUUGUGGCGAAUUUGGAGCCCCAAGAAGGAGCAGAGGAUAUCAAACUGCUGAAAGCAAUCACGGAGCCAUUUACCAAGUUGAUUUUGGAAUUAAACAAGACCGUGUUCAACGGUUGGGCCGCUAAUGACCCUGAUUUUGAUGACGCUUCUCUUCUCAGAGUUUGGUGCGGCGAAGAGAAAUGCAAAUCACUUUUCGCUGUGUUGGACAUCGGAGAUACUGCCACUGGAGCCAUUAUGACCGUUGUGUCGUUGUUGGUUCUGUGCGGAUGCUUGAUUCUCUUGGUCAAACUCCUCCAAAACGUUUUGCAAGGACCGAUGGCCCUCCUGCUCCAAAGAACUAUCAACGCUAACAUCCCGUACGUGCCCUGGCUGACUGGUUACCUGGCCAUCUUGGUCGGUGCUGGAGCAACCUUCGUCCUGCAGUCGAGUUCAGUGUUUACGUCCGCCCUGACCCCGCUGGUAGGCAUGGGCGUGAUCACGGUCAACCGGAUGUACCCGCUGUGCCUCGGUUCUAACAUCGGAACCACAACCACAGCAGUUCUGGCUGCCUUGACGGCCGACGCGUCGAAACUGCAAGAUACCAUGCAGAUAGCGAUGUGCCACUUGUUCUUCAACUUGACCGGCAUAAUUAUCUUCUACCCCAUCCCCUUCAUGCGCUGGCCGCUGCCCUUGUGCAAGAAGUUGGGAAAAACGACCGCCAAAUACCGAUGGUUCGCGUUUUUCUACCUGCUCAUGGCGUUCCUCCUUGUCCCGCUCUUUAUCCUCGGAAUCUCCUUGGCCGACCCGAGUGGUAUCGCUCUCUUGUGCGUCCUUGUUCCGGUCUUGGCGCUCAUCGUAGCCAUCGUUGUCAUCAACGUUCUUCAGAAAAAGGUGCCGAAGGUGCUGCCUAAGUUCAUGAAGGACUGGAAAUGGCUGCCGCUCUGGAUGAGAAGCCUCGAGCCGGCUGACCGACUCUUCUCCAAAAUGUGCAAGUGUUGCGUCAAGGAGCCCACGCAAGAUGAAUUGGAGGAUAUUGCCACUGCCGAGGCAAUCUACGAUCUCGACCCAUCAUCCCCUCCAUCUUACGAUGAUUUAGGCGUCGAAAACCAGGCUGCUGAUCUGAAUUAGUUUUUAUUGAGUGUAAUGUUAAAAAAUUCCGUUUCGAUGGAGAGGACUUUGCGACAAUGUGCCAUGUGAUAUUGAACUCAGUGAAUUUGUGGGUUUCAGAUGUCACAAAGAUGAAUUUUAAACCGUGCAUCGUUCAUUUGAGGAAUUUCAAUUUUCUGUCAAGUAUGUUAGUUUCUAGACAGCUUUUAGAUAUUACAAAUCUGUAGAAAUGUUAAAAAAUAUACCGUAAAUUAGCAAACAAUUAGGAAAUCACAGACUUUUAACUACAGCUUGAGAGCUGAUAGUGCCCGAGUAUUUAUGCAACUCGCAAUUCUCACAGGCGAAGAGCGCUGCCUACGUGCUCUCACGCUUACUACAAACAGUCGCUCCGCCGACGGAGUUGAAGAUAAUGGUAUAUAUAGCAAUCGCAGCCACGAAUAGGCUUUUUAAUUUUAUCGUGAACGUAAUUCAAUCAUCAAUUGUCAUUUUAUGCUUAAUCAAAUCAAUUCACCCAUAUACAGUAUUAACACACCCUAUAGUAGAAUUCAUAUAGGAGGUGUUUUUUUUAAAAUUCAUCCUAGAGAGGAGAAGGUUAUCUGAAGCAAUUUUACUGCUUCUCUGCAGUGCAGGAAAAAUGUAUGUAUUAUUUUAGUUCCUCUCUUGCAGUUCACGCUUAAAAGGAAUCUCGCGGCGAGAAUCGUUUCACUUGCGAUGCGAAGCUUGAAACAAGGUUUGUCGGUAAAGUGAAGGCAAACAAGGUAAAGAUGGGUGGAAAGGUCGCUUGGAUUUCCUCGACAGCUCCAUCUCCGCUGGGUAUUUCAAGAUCAAAGAACUUAAAAAGUUGCAUUGAAUCAGUUCACCGAGCUGUCGAGUGCGUAUUCGAGCCCACGCGUAAGAUUGAACAAGAGCAAUUCAUUUACUUAUAAAACGAAAUCAUCAUCGAGAGAUAAAUUCGAACGUACGUUUCGACCGUUGCAAUCAGGGCUAUUGUUUGAGUGAGCGUGCGAUAAAGCAGAUUAGUCGAUUUGACUGACGUCCGUCCUUUUGCAAUCGUGUUUAUCCAAGAUAGGAAAGAGCCUGAAUAUUUCCGAUCACGUGGUAAAUUUAAUUGCAUUGAAUAAGUGUAGCGCUGGACUUUCGACUCAAAGCCUCACAUAUUUUAUGAGACACGUGAAUGGAAAUAAUUUAGAAACUCGAACUCACGCACUCCAGAUUCAUGUAAAAAUAUGAGCCAUCGAUGAGAUUAUUAACUUUAUAUUGUAUUCUUUCACAGCGCCUGAUGACCCACUUAUCGCGUUUAUUGUGUGUGACGUCACGAGCACCGGCCACACCAACCUUGACCUAGGCGAAUUUUAUGAAAUUCACUUUACGCCUGCUACGUGCUCAGGUUAACAAUAGAACAUAGAACACGCACAAACGCGACGUUUUACUAUCAGCGUGUUAUGACACUGCCGAGGGUCUUUUGUUCCGUUUUGGCAACGUGAUUUGCUAAUUGGGUGCAUCAGUCGUGCAACUCUCGUGAUCAUGAAUCUUUUUGGGCACUCAAAAUUAAAUUGCUGGUUUAUUAUAAAAAUAUUUCCAAAUCCAUAACUUAUUUUUUUAAGCUGAAAGAACUACAAAAAUCUUCCAUUUUAACGCCGCAGAGGCAGAUUAUUGCGUUAAAUUUGAAACAUUAUUCUACUUCAUAGACCUGCAAUGCCCUUGCUAUAGUUGACGAUGAAGGGGAAAACCUGUCUGAUCUAGUUUAUGAAACAAGUUUUUAGUUGUAACAUUAUAUUUCGUUUGUCGUUUUGAUGUUUUUUAAUAUUCCAGACAUCAGGGAGUAAAAUAUGAUAAUUUGUUUGCUAUAUUUAAAAAAAUCUGUAUUAAAAAUUGAUUAAAUGAUAUUUGCAUAAAAAAUUUAAUAAAAAUAUUGUUUUGUGUAAAUGGUA